CAUGGCAAAAAGCGCACUCGAAUUGACAAUACAUCAGAAUUUUGUCAUAAUAUUGCAGCACCAUUUGAAAAACCACCCAAGAUUGGAGAACUCAGUUCCAUACUUUUUAAUCCUUUUAGUUUAAAAAUUCCUCUUUCACCAGCUUUAUACAAUAAAUGUGAGGUACUUUGUCAAGACUUUCCUUUUUCUGAGUAUUUUAUUAAUGCAGAUUUUUUUGAAGAAACAAAUUCCAAUAUUGAGACUAAUUGCUUCCCAGAAGAAAUGUCUAAUUAUUGCAAUAUAGCUUUGCAAGGAUCUGCUAUUGGUUCCAGUGAAUAUUCUCGAGUUUGUGAUUGGGAUAACUUGCUCCGUAAUCCAACAGAUGUUUUUAGAAAGAGAUUCAAAACAGAACAUUUAUGGGAAAGUGAUCAUAAUACACAUGAUACAUUAAUCACAUUGGCUGGUCUCAGAUCAGAUUAUUGGGAACAUUUUGAUGAUAUGAGAAUAUGGAAUCAUAGCAUUUAUGGAUCACUUGAAUACAUUCUUGCAUAUGCAGCAGCAGGUAGCUAUUUACAAUUUUUUGCAAUAGAUUCAUCCUUGAAUCAGACAGCUAUUUCAACUAUUUUGGAUAUAGAACACUUGGAGAAUAGAGUCAAGGCCCUUGUCAAUAUUAUCAACAUCCAUUGCAUUUUGCGUUCCAUGGAACCAUUUUUGCCUCAGGAUGCUGUACCAGUUGGAAAACUCUUAAAGAGACCAUUUGGUGAUAUUCUUAUUAUGAAUGUUGAGGUUGAAAAACGGAUUAAUAUGUUUGCAAAUUAUCCUUUUAGCAAUAUAAAUGUAUUAAAAGAUAUAUAUAGAAAGACAAAGGAGAUUAAAUUUCUAAUACAUGCUGUUAAAGGUCCAGAGAUAAAAGAUAACAUAUACAAAGUCAUUCUUGCACCAGUAGGAAUUAGACAAGUUCCAAAAUCAGAACCAGAAGCUAAAGUUGCCAUUCAUUGCAUCUUGGAUGCACUUAUAGCUUUACACAACUUAGGUUAUGUUCACCGUGAUAUUAGGUGGCCUAAUAUUAUGAAAUUGGUUGAUGACAAUUGGAUGUUAAUUGAUCUGGAGUGUUCUGGUAUCAAUGGUGAAAUGGUAAAUUUUGAUCCAUUAGCAGAUUGGGCACCUGAAGCAAUUGAAACACACUCAUAUACAAAAAAGGCAGAUAUUUAUAUGGUAGGAAAGUUACUCAGCAAGCUUUUAUGUCCCUUGUCUAAAGAAGCCCAUGAUUUUGAGAGGUUUACUACAACAAUGAAUCUUAAUUUGCGUCCUACAGCUGAAGAAGCUCUUCAACAUACCUGGUUUUCAUAA